GCCAGGAGAACAGUGAGCUAGUAGCGGCUGAGCAUCCCGGACUCAUCAGGCUCCAUCCACCCCGUGUAGUCCCCGCCGCCGCCCCGUCUCUUGGACAUGGACGAUCGGGAGGACCUUGUGUACCAGGCUAAGCUAGCUGAGCAGGCUGAGCGCUAUGAUGAAAUGGUUGAAUCAAUGAAGAAAGUGGCUGGAAUGGAUGUGGAAUUGACAGUGGAAGAAAGAAACCUUCUAUCUGUUGCAUAUAAAAACGUGAUUGGAGCUAGAAGAGCUUCAUGGAGAAUAAUCAGCAGCAUCGAACAGAAAGAAGAAAACAAAGGUGGAGAAGAUAAACUAAAAAUGAUUCGGGAAUAUCGGCAAAUGGUUGAGACCGAGCUGAAAUUAAUCUGUUGCGACAUUCUGGAUGUACUGGACAAACACCUCAUUCCAGCAGCUAACACGGGCGAGUCCAAGGUUUUCUAUUAUAAAAUGAAAGGGGACUACCACAGGUACCUGGCUGAGUUUGCCACAGGAAAUGACAGGAAGGAGGCUGCAGAGAAUAGCCUGGUGGCUUAUAAAGCAGCUAGUGAUAUUGCAAUGACAGAACUUCCGCCAACACAUCCCAUACGCUUGGGUCUUGCUCUCAACUUCUCUGUAUUCUACUAUGAAAUUCUUAAUUCCCCUGACCGUGCCUGCAGGUUGGCAAAAGCAGCUUUUGAUGAUGCUAUUGCAGAACUGGAUACACUGAGUGAAGAAAGUUAUAAAGACUCUACACUUAUCAUGCAGUUGUUACGUGAUAACCUGACACUAUGGACUUCAGAUAUGCAGGGUGAUGGUGAAGAACAGAAUAAAGAAGCGCUGCAGGAUGUGGAAGAUGAAAACCAGUGAGACACCAUGGCCAACAAGAGAACCCAUCUCUGACCACACCCACCCUCCCCAACAAAUCCCUCAGUGUCACUCUGAGAACCACCAAAUCUGACUUUUACAUUGGGUCUCAGAAUUUAGGUUCCUGCCCUGUUGGGUUUCUUUUUUUUUUUCUUUUUUUCUUUUUUUUUGUUUUGUUUUUGUUUUUGGGUUUUUUGUUUUUGUUUUUUGUUUUUAUACAGUUUAAAAGUUCUUAAAGGCAAGAGUGAAUUUCUGUGGAUUUUACUGGUGCCAGCUUUUAGGUUCUUUAAGACACUAACAGGACUGCAUAAA